AGAGAGAAGGAAGGAAAAAGAAAAAAAGAAAAAUAUUGGAUCUAAAUCGAACAGUAUCAUUAUGUUUCCCUUACAAUGAUCCGUGUACGUCAUCUAUAGAAAGUCCUUAUCGAAAUAUGUAUUAUCGGACAUAAAUAGUUGCGUGACGAAGAAAUAGGUCAAGAUAAUGCGAUAAUACAUUAUAACUUUCUUCGCUCAUACUCCUCGAUCAUUUCCAGCAGGAGAACCAGGAAGAAAUCGAAACCUUACGUAACACGUACUUAUUUACGUAUAUUCUUUAAUAAUCAAUAAUUAAAAUUUCGGAUGAUGAUAUUCUUUGGAAAUAUAAUUAGAUUGGCAGACGCAUUAAACGUGUAUCUAAAUAAAACGUGAAUCGAUGAAAAUCGUGUUUGAUAUGAGAGAAAAAACAAAAAAAAAAAAAAAAAAGAAAGAAAAGACGGUUCACGAUUACUUUUAUUGUUCUUUCGUUUUAUCGAAGAAAAAAACAUUGAGGAGAUUUGAAGGAGAAAUCAAAAAAAGAAAAUGACAAUAGAUCGACAAAGAAGAUAAACGAAACGAUAACGAGAGAUCAUCGAAGAUAAUAAACGGAGAGGGACAAUUAGUGGAUUCGAUCGAAAAUUUGCAAGAGAACGAAUUGAAUGUUCAUCACUUCUGGUGAACGUAGUCAACGCGACGACAUGCCGUUAUCAGCGCAUCGUAAAUAAAAGAAUCUCUCUUCGCAAAUAACAGUGGGACACUCGUAAUCGCUCGGCUGCAAGAAGAGGAGACAGACGCACAAUGACAGACGGGCACACACGCACAAACACAUACGCGUGUGACGUUAGAGAGCCUCGAGAUGUUACUCUCUGGUGCUUGGUUCGAGGCUAUAGCCGCUACACUUCUCGCAAUUUUAGUCUUGGCUACCAGUUAUCGACCACCAUGGUGGUUCUGGACAGGAAGUUCUCAUCAGACCAGUGCCAUAUCGGAAGAGAAGGAUAGGAGGCCAUUUAAAACAGCUCGGGACGUGCCCGGUCCAUUCUCCUUACCUAUUCUUGGCACAAGAUGGAUAUUCUCCUGGAUCGGGUACUAUCGAAUGAACAAGAUUCACGAGGCUUACAAAGAUCUGAAUCGACGCUACGGAGGCUUGUGCAAGGAGGAGGCACUCUGGAACUGGCCAGUUAUAUCGGUAUUUUCUCGACGUGACAUCGAGCUGAUCCUUAGGCGAGGUUCGAGAUAUCCUCUUCGUCCACCGCAAGAAGUCAUAUCGCACUAUCGACACUCGCGACGUGAUCGUUACACUAAUCUCGGUCUUGUGAAUGAACAGGGCGAGACUUGGCAGAAGCUUCGUUCUGCUCUCACUCCGGAACUCACGGGAGCCAGCACGGUUCUCGGCUUUUUUCCUGCUCUAAAUAUCGUCUGCGACGGUUUCAUCGAGCUAAUACGAAAACGGAGAACCAUGUUCGGCAUCGCGGGAUUCGAAGAACUUGCCUAUAGAAUGGGACUCGAGAGUACCUGUACCUUGAUUCUGGGUCGGCAUCUUGGUUUCUUAAAGCCGGACUCGAGCGACACGCUUACUGCAAGAUUAGCGGAAGCAGUUAGGAUUCACUUCACGGCCUCGCGAGAUGCCUUUUAUGGGUUGCCGCUUUGGAAGGUGCUACCGACAUCCGCUUACAAACAGCUGAUAGAGAGCGAGGACGCUAUUUACAACAUAAUCUCAGAAUUAAUGGAGACGACGAUGUACGAGAAAAGAAACGACGCUCGAGACGAAUCCGUAGAGGCCGUUUAUCAAUCGAUUUUACGACAGAAAUCAUUAGACAUAAGGGAUAAAAAGGCAGCCAUAGUGGACUUUAUUGCGGCUGGUAUACACACAUUGGGUAAUACUUUAGUCUUCCUUUUCCACAUGAUCGGAAGUAAUCCAGAAGUACAAGAAACAUUAUACGAAGAAGCCUGUACGUUGGCACCGCGUGGUUGCGAUUUGACAGUCGAGGAUCUUCGAAAAGCACGUUAUUUACGUGCCUGCAUUAAUGAAGCGUUUAGGUUGGUACCAACGGCACCAUGUAUCGCAAGAAUUUUAGACGAACCAAUAGAAUUGGAUGGCUAUCAUCUCGACGCUGGGACGGUAGUUCUCUUGCAUACAUGGAUAGCUGGAUUAGACGAGAAUAACUUUAAGAAUGCGUCCAAAUGCGUGCCUGAAAGAUGGCUGAAGCCUAUGGUACCACAUUCGCCAUUACUGGUAGCGCCUUUCGGUGCUGGUCGAAGAAUCUGCCCGGGCAAACGCUUUGUGGAACUUGCUCUACAACUUAUCCUAGCGAAGAUCGUUCGAGAAUUCGAAAUCAUAGUAGACGAUAAGCUCGAUCUGCAAUUCGAGUUUAUUCUCGCCCCGAAAAGUCCGGUCUCACUCGGUUUUCGAGAUCGUCUGGAGGUGGUAUGAAAAAUGAUCGAAUAAUUAGAAGACCAAACGCCUUGCCAAAUCGCGUUUUAAUCGUAUAAAUUUACGCGUAACGUGAAAUGUAUAUAUAUAUAUAUAUAUAUAUAUAUAUAUAUAUAUAUAUACACAUAUAUGUUAUACGUAUGUAUUGUAUAUUCAGCGCGAAUAUCACGUUUAAGCAUUCGACGUUAAUCAUUUUCAUCGAUUGAUCUAUCGAGAAUCGUUUUUUCCUUUAUAUAUAUUUUUUAUCUUUUUGCCAGCACGCAAUAUUUUUAACCUAUUGCACUCGACGAACGUUAUCAGUGAGUCUCAAUUCUAAAUGUCAACGUUUUCUUAGUGUUUCUCCUCUUUUUUUUUUUUUUUUUUCAACUGAAUGAAAUGCGAAUUAACAACAAUAACAAAAGACAAAGCGAGAAUGUCAUCUCGAGUGCAAAAGGUUAAUUUCUAAGAGCAUUCUACUCGAACAUUAAAUUAUCUAUUAUACGACUAAUUAGGAUCGUCUUAUUUUUUUCAAACAUUGACGUACAUAUGUAUGGUAUGUACAUGGAUGCAAUGAUAUCGUAAUAAUUAAAA